AUGGGGAUUGAUAAAUCGGGGUUAGAUUAUUAUUACAGGCUUAUUAAUAAAACUAUUCUUUCACUGCAAGAUGUUGUCACCGGUCUUAUACCUGCUUCCCCAUCAAAUUCACAUGCUUGGAUAAGAGAUAAUGUGUACGUAUCUUUUUCAAUAUGGGGACUUUCUAUGGCCUAUCGGAAAGUUCCCGACGUUGAUGAAGACAGAUCCCGUGGAUAUGAAUUAGAAAAGUGUGUUGUAAACCUUAUGCGAGGAAUACUAAAAUGCUACAUGUCUCAAGCAGACAAAGUAGAAAGCUUUAAGAAGACGCAAUUUCAUGGAUCUUCUUUACAUGCCAAAUUUGACUCUCGAACAUGCAGAGCAGUGGUUGGGGAUUUCGAAUGGGGUCAUCUCCAAAUCGAUGCAGUUUCUCUCUACCUUCUCGCUCUUGCUCAAAUGACCGCAUCUGGCCUACGCAUCAUCUGGACAGUUGACGAAGUUGCUUUUAUCCAAAAUCUUGUAUUUUAUAUCGAGCCAGCAUCUCGGAUUCCUGACUAUGGCAUUUGGGAACGCGGUGAUAAGACAAAUCUCGGAUUACCUGAGCUUAACACUAGCUCUGUCGGUCUUGCAAAGGCUGCUCUGGAAUCAUUGAACGGCUUGGAUCUGUUCGGCCCUCAAGGUGGAGCAAACUCAACCAUUCAUUGCCUUAUGGACGAAUGCCAAAAAUGUAACACAGUUUUAGAGAACAUGUUACCAAGAGAAUCGUAUUCUAAGGAAACAGACGCAGCGCUUUUGGGUAUCAUUAGUUACCCCGGUUUCGCAGUCGCUGAUGAAGCACUCAUUGAACGAACUCGCAAUACCAUCCUCUCAAAACUGCUCGGAAGCUAUGGUUGCAUUCGUUUCCUACGAGAUGGCUAUAAGACUGCCAGGGAGGAUUCGAAUCGUUUGCACUAUGAGCCCUGGGAGUUGAGAAUGUUCGAUGGUAUUGAAUGCCAGUGGCCUCUCUUCUUCACCUAUCUUGUCAUUGGUGCCUGCUUUGAUGACAACUUUGAGUUGGCCAAAAAGUACAUGGAUCAAUUGGAACAGAUUGUUCUUCGAAAGAAAAUCCCCCGUGAAAGAUGUGAUGAUCCAGUGAAUCCAAUAGCCUGCAAGAAGCCAGCCAGCGAUUUAGACGAUUCCCUUUACCCCAUAAUGCCGGAGCUCUAUUCCCUGCCUGCCGACAAAAUUGAUGCGGAAAUCAAGGCUCAUAAUUCACAGGUCCGCGUACCUAUUGGAUCAGUACCACAUCUUUGGGGUCAGUCAAUGUAUAUCCUCUCUCGUCUCAUCAUGGACAGACUUCUAUUGCCUGGGGAGAUUGAUCCUCUUGGUCGUCGUAUGGCUGCAGAGCCGAAACCAGAUCUUGUCGUACAGGUUGUGGUGCUAGCAGAGGACGAUUUGGUUAAGGAUCGUCUGGCGGAAUACAAAUUGGAUGCACAAACUCCCUCGGAAGUAGUCUGUGAUUCCGGUAUUCAGGUCUAUCCAGCCAAAGUGCUUCUUCAGAUCUACAACCAGCUUGGUGUUUGCGCAAAUCUUGGAUUAACCGGACGAAUAGCUAGGGAUAUUGGUGUCAUAGCUACAAGCUCACUCUACAGAAUCGGUAAUACAACGAUGGCCUUCACACCACAGUUCAUUGAUAGUCACUCGUUCUACGUGAACUUGGAUGUUAACUUCAUUCUCGAUGAGUUUCGUGCGAAUGUGGCUUUCCUUCGACGCGUGUGGGCUUUUCCUGGUCGACCUACUCUCGUUCUUCCAGUGGCUGAGAGAUUUGUUCGUUCUGAACACGAGGCCUUCCUUCCCUCAAUGGUGACGGUCAUCAAGAAAUUGAAGAGUGGUUAUAUCAAUGGUACUCGUGUCGUUCUGGGCAAUAUGUCCCAAUUUGAAGCCACAUCGUGCGUCCAAAAACUAAGUUUCAUCAAGUCGGCAGAAACUGUGAUGAAGCGCCAUUCAGUACUGCGCACAGGUCGCCAAACCUUGCGCCGCUUGACUCUGGCCUCUCCCCAUCCCCGUGGAGUUGAGUUCGGCUCACCCAUUUACUUGGGUGGUAGUGGUGAUCAGCAGUCAAGCUACUCCAGUCUUGCUUCCACUCCAACUAGUGGUUUGGCUCAAUCUAGUGGAGCCCAUCUGCCCAGUGAUAGUCGUUUCCGCGAUGAACAUGAAGGUGUCCAACGCACCAGCCUUCGACGCAAGUCUCUCGCUUUGGCUUGUGCUGUCUCUGUCGAUCUACAGGAUCACGAUGAGGAUUCGCAUCCUCCUCAGGACCACCAUCAUUCUCAUGCUUAUCCAAACCCUUCGGGGUCUUCAGUGGUUCUUUCUGACGAUGAACAGAGUGGAAAUCCCCAACAACGCCUUCAAUUUUAUCAGCUCUCUCCAUGGUCUGCCUCCUUCCGUGGGAAGCAGCACACCCACCGAUCGAGAUCCGUUUCAGAGAAUCUGACGCGCAGUCUUACUCCACAGUCUUCAGGGUCGUCUUCUUCAGCUUCCACAACUCUCUAUGCGUCGAAUGAGUCGAGCCUAAGUGACACACUUGGCCCCUCCUUGGAUGGAAUUUCCCUCUGUCCUUCUUGUAAAGAGAUCGGUUUGGACGAGAAAGGCAACCUUACUGGAAUAGGUGAAAACUAUGCAGCUUCAACUGACCUCACCACAGCCGAUGAUGAGACGACUCUUCAACGUUUACGUGUCGGUGAGAUUCCCAACUCUUCAGACAAUAGUUACGAGACCUCUUUCCGACGUAUCAUCAUGGUACCGAAGGACAGUGCCACAGGCGAUAGUAUUACUGUUUCCGGGGGAGAUCCUCAACGCCCUACAAAUUUCCGUUCGUCUGCAUGGGCCUCAGGGGUUCGUAAGUCCUCAAGUGAACGAAGCUCUCAAAGCGGUGGGUCUAUGAAUAUUACCGGUGGUGCAGCAAAUACUGUAGACACUAAUGCAGAAUGGCUAGCAAAUUUGAGUCCUGAACAAUUGGUUGAGUGUCUCCAACAGACUGGUAACCUCGCCAAGCAGGCUGAGAUUCUGGGUCGAUUGAGACAAAUGAAGGGACUCGAUUGGGACACUGGGUUGGAUCCUGAUACACCCGCCACUAUUCGUAGCUUACUCAAGGAGGUCUAUCAGAAGGCCUGUCAAUGUCAAGACUGGUUCCUUCUUCGAUAUGUCGGUGGCUUGUUAGAGAAGAUUGCAGAUCAGUUGGCUACUGCUGUGUCAAGUAUCCUUAUUCUUCAAAAACAAAUAACCGUUGGAUUGCCUCCAAAACCAAGAGAAAAAGUUAUUAAUUCUCCUCUACCAGCAGAUAAAAUUGCUCAACUAAUUCAAGAAGCUUGUGGAGAGGAUAAUCUCAUGGCAAUGCUUACACAGGAGAUUCUCCUUCACCUCUCAAUGUUUGCGCGCUCUCACCCCAAGCUCCUCGCCAAUGUACUUCGGCUUAGAACUGGUUUAAUUAUCAAAUUGAUGGGUACAGAGCUCGCUCGUUCUAUGGAGAGUUCUGUGGAAGACGCUCUUCUUGCUCUCUUUUAUAUGAGCCCUUAUGAGACUAACUGUCUACUAGCUAAUCUUCUUUCCGGUAAUGAGAUUAGAGCAGUCAAAUUGGCUGCCUCGCGACGCAAAUCUUCCGCUUUCCUGAAGGUGGAUUCACCUGGAGAUCUAUCUCACCUUGCCUCCCCGGCCAUCUCAAUUCCCCAAAGCCCAACUGGUACCCUUCGAAGUGUUGGACGAGCACGAGCGGGAUCGAUAAUCCCCACAUCUGUUACCGCAAUGGCCUCUGAGUCUCUUUCUGAGGUACGAGAUCUUUGGUCACGUCGCCGGAAGAUUGAUGGAUCGCUUAAUCGUGUCCCACCUGAGUUCUUCCAGUGCACUUAUAGCAUCCUCGAGAGACUGCAGGGUCUCCGUAUUGCGGAAAAUACUCUUACUACUACUCUAACUAAAGAGAUGACCAAAGAGGAGUUGAAAUUCGCACUUGCGGUCGAGUCCUUUAUCAACACUGUUCCAACACCGGAAUAUCGUCAGCUGCUCGUUGAAGCUACUACCGUUCUCGGAGCUCUUGUAACUCACGAUGAAGAUGCUCGCAUUCAGCUAAACUGCAUUGUCUCUCUUGAUGAUCUCGUUGCUAAGGCUAAUCGUAUUUUCUUGGAGGAUCAGGCCGCUCACGGUGCAAAUGCGACCUUAUGUUGCGCAAAUCCUCUAGUACGUGGGGUUAGAUCUCGAAUCGGCAGUAGCGAUGAUAUUCUUUCUACAACUCCCACGGAGUCUAAUCCUUCUGGAAUCAAUCGGAAAAUUAGUGUUGCUAGUGACGAAAGCCUCUCGGGUCCUGGUUCAGCAGUAGGGGUGGUGCCACCUCAGCAGAAAUGUCGUGGAGCCCAUCGUAUUUGUCAUUACUUCUACGACACCCCUCCCGCUGGCCGUUUUGGCACUAUGGCCUACAUGGUUCGUGCUCUUUCUGUCCUCAUUGGGGACUCCUUGCCUCUCGGGAACUCGGGAAAUAUUGCUGUCAAUUGCUCAGUCGCAUAA